AUGGCCGGCGAAUUGGAGCGCUGGGUGUCGGGGCAGCUGCAUGCCCUGCUGGGGCUCAGUGAGCGUCACGUGGUGGCCUUUAUGGUGGGCCUCGCCCGGCGCAGCCGCACCCCGGACGACUUGCUGGCUCGCCUGGAGGAGACCGAGACCCUGCGCGUGGCGGACCCCCCCGCGCGAGCCUUCGCUCAGCAGCUCUGGGAGCGGGUUCCCCACCAGGCCCCACGGGAGCGUCCAGCUAGGGCCGCUGAGCAGGAGGCCUUGGCCUUGCAGCAGAAGAACCGCUCGUACACCCUUCUUGAGGACAGUGACGAUGAGGAAGCUGGCAAGGCAGCAGGAGCCCAGGACUCAAAGCACCGGCAUCCCCCACGUGGCCCUGAGGGGAAGCAGCGGAAGCGGCACAAGCACCUGCGGCCGCGUAAAGAGGAAGAUGACGAUGACAGAGACUCUGAGGGGAAAGGCAGCCAAGGCGAUGGGGAGCGAGCAUCCCCCUCGAAAGAGGAUUCGGAGGACGAGUGGGAUCGGAGCGAGCGAGAGCGACUGCAGGAUCUGGAGGAGCGCGAUGCCUUCGCUGAACGCGUCAAGCGCAAGGACAAGGAGAAGACUCGCAACAUCCUGGAGCGUUCAGACAAGAAGGCUUAUGAAGAGGCUCAGAAGCGUCUGAAGAUGGCAGAAGAGGACAAGAAAUUCAUGAUUCCAGAGCUGCGUAAGAAGUCUCGUCGAGAGUAUUUGGCCAAGCGGGAAAAGGACAAGAUAGAGGACCUGGAGGCAGAGAUUGCAGAUGAGGAGUACCUCUUCUCAGAUUUCGAGCUGACGGCCGUUGAGAAGCAGGAGCUGGAGUACAAGCGCAAAGUGCGGGACUUGGCGAAGCAGUACAAGCAGGCCGGCGAGCAGGAGAAACUGGAGAAGAGCAAUCGCUACUAUAUGCCUGAGGAGAGUCGCAGCAAGAAGAUCCCAGAUCGCUACGAGGAGCCUCAGUCGGAGGAUCACUCAGCCCCGCGAGAUGAACAGCGGCGCUGGGAGGAGGAGCACAUCGGAGCAGCCGCACUGCGCUUCGGGGCCCGGGAUGCUGGCCAGCGCCAUCCUCACAAAGACUAUGAGUAUGUGCUCGAGGAGGAUGAGAUGAUCCAGUUUGUGAACGCUGUGCAGAUGCGGGGCACAAGCCAGAGCAAGGAAGAGAAGCCAGAGCUGUCGGAGGCUGAGCUCAAGAAGCUGUCCAUCCAGGAGGUGCGCCACAGCCUGCCCAUCUUCCCCUACCGUGCAGACCUGCUGGCUGCCAUUGCUGAACAUCAGGUGCUCAUCAUCGAGGGGGAGACGGGCUCCGGCAAGACCACUCAAAUCCCACAGUACUUGUUUGAAGAGGGGUAUACAGAGAAAGGAAUGAAAAUUGGCUGCACUCAGCCCAGACGAGUGGCAGCAAUGAGCGUCGCUGCCCGCGUCUCCCAGGAAAUGGGGGUCAAGCUUGGAAAUGAAGUGGGUUAUAGCAUCCGUUUCGAGGACUGCACCUCAGAGCGGACGGUGUUGAAAUACAUGACUGAUGGGAUGCUGCUGAGGGAGUUCCUCACUGAGCCGGACCUGAGCAGCUACAGUGUCGUCAUCAUAGAUGAGGCUCACGAGCGGACACUGCACACAGACAUCCUCUUUGGGCUGAUCAAGGACAUUGCUCGCUUCCGGCCUGAGCUGAAGGUGCUGAUUGCCAGUGCGACCCUGGACACGGAGCGCUUCUCCACCUUCUUUGAUGAUGCUCCCAUCUUUCGCAUUCCUGGGCGCCGCUUUCCUGUCGAUAUCUACUACACUAAGGCCCCAGAGGCUGACUACUUGGAGGCUUGCGUGGUGUCGGUGCUACAGAUCCAUGUGACGCAGCCCCGAGGGGACAUCCUGGUUUUCCUUACUGGCCAGGAAGAAAUCGAAGCCUGCUGCGAGAUGCUACAGGACCGCUGCCGUCGCCUGGGCUCCAAAAUCGCAGAGCUCCUGGUCCUCCCCAUCUAUGCAAACCUGCCUUCUGAUAUGCAGGCCAAAAUCUUUGAACCGACCCCACCAGGGGCCAGGAAGGUUGUCGUGGCCACAAACAUCGCAGAGACCUCUCUGACCAUUGACGGCAUCAUUUACGUGAUUGACCCCGGCUUUUGCAAGCAGAAGAGCUACAACGCCCGCACAGGCAUGGAGUCGCUCAUUGUCACCCCUUGCUCUCGGGCUUCCGCCAAUCAGAGAGCAGGCCGAGCUGGCCGCGUGGCUGCAGGGAAGUGCUUCCGCCUCUACACAGCCUGGGCCUACAAGAAUGAGAUGGAGGAGACCACCGUGCCAGAGAUUCAGAGGACCAACCUGGGCAAUGUGGUACUGCUGCUCAAGAGCCUGGGCAUCAAUGACCUCAUCCACUUUGACUUCAUGGACCCGCCUCCCCAUGAAACCCUGGUUCUAGCCCUGGAGCAGCUCUAUGCGCUGGGGGCCCUCAACCACCUCGGCGAGCUCACCAAGCUGGGCCGCAAGAUGGCAGAGCUUCCCGUGGACCCCAUGCUGUCCAAGAUGAUUCUGGCUUCAGAACAGUACAAGUGCUCUGAGCAAAUCCUCACCAUCGCUGCCAUGCUGUCUGUCAACAACGCCAUCUUCUACCGGCCCAAGGACAAAGUGGUCCAUGCUGACAAUGCUCGCAUGAAUUUUUUUCUGCCUGGCGGAGAUCACCUGGUGCUUCUUAACGUUUACAAUCAGUGGGUGGAGAGUAAUUACUCCAUGCAGUGGUGCUAUGAGAACUUCAUCCAGUUCCGUUCUAUGAGACGAGCCAGGGAUGUGCGAGAGCAGCUGGAGGGGCUGAUGGAGCGCAUUGAGGUGGACAUCGCCUCCAGCGAGGGAGACUACAUCCCUGUCCGCAAGGCCAUCACCGCCGGCUUCUUUUAUCACACGGCCCGCCUCACCCGCAGCGGUUAUAAGUCGGUCAAGCACCAGCAGACAGUGUUCAUCCAUCCAAACAGCUCCCUGUUUGAAGAGCAGCCCCGCUGGCUCAUCUACCACGAGUUGGUCUUCACCACUAAGGAGUUCAUGAGACAGGUCAUAGAGAUUGACAGCGCAUGGCUGCUGGAAGUAGCCCCUCACUACUACAAGGCCAAGGAGCUGGAGGAUGCCUCCUCCAAGAAGCUGCCCAAGAAAAUGGGGAAGACACGAGAGGAGUUGGGCUGAAGCAGGAAC